CCAUCUCCCGAGUCAUGGCUUUCCGCAGCUUCCCGUUUGGCCAGGGGUAACCUCUGGGGGCGCUCUCCGGUGGGGGCCGCACUGCCCGUGUUGACAUAGUGUUAUACCAGGCUGGUGGCUGCAGUCCAUGGCCCUUACUGCAAAAAUGUCAGUGUACCCCCUAAGAGCUCCCGUAGCCUGCUCCGCCUGUGAGAGGCCCUCCUGACACCACAGCUCCUCGACUGCCUGCUCUGCCGUCCUAUUGGUUGGUGGCUUUGCGGCCACCAAGUUCUGGUCAGCAGACGUCGCAACAGUUCUAACAUUGCAAUGCGUCCCUGUCUGAACCAACCUUGGAAGGGCGGUGGUGGUCGUUAGGUGGUGGUGAAGUGGGCCCUGGGGCGGGUGCAUAUGCCUUGCCAUUAGAAAAGCUGUACGAUAUCAAAGUCGCAAAAUAUUUAAAUAUACCCUUCCGUAUUUGAAGAAAUAUUUAGGUUAUUUGCAUUUGGAAAGAGACUUUCUCUGGCUGAAAGAAAACUCAACGGAAAUUAAAGUUCCGAAAUAAAGUUAAAGUUUGGAACUUCAGUUCUGCACGCUGGUCAUCUUAACCGAUCUUGAAGCACCACUUUCACCGUGUCUUGGUUCAGUUUAGCCCACGCUGUACUUGAAUGUUGCCGUGGUGUGUUUAUGAACCAUGGCGUUAGGUAUACAGUCUGUAUUUUCCCUCCUGUGAUCAGUGCUCGGUGUCUGUUUAGGACCCAGCAGCAUUUGCAUCCGUCUGCCAUUUUCAGCUGAUUGAGAGCAGGUGGAUCAAGUCCAGACGUCGCCGGCUAAAAAUACUACAGCAGCCAAUCGGACCGGGAGAAGAGCUGUUAGUGUGGUACAAUGGGGAACACAACCCUGAGAUAGCAGCUGCUAUUGAGGAAGAGCGAGCCAGCAGUUUUAUCAAGAAGACUUUGCUGAGAGCCAGGAAAGAGCAAAGAAAAGGUUGUUGGACAGACCAAAGCUGGGAGGUGUGGAGGGCUUUAAAGGACAGAAGCGGAAGUGUGAUUCUGAUAGCGCCAUUGCAGAGAUGGAGGAAUCCCAGGAGGGUCUUAAGGAAGAGAAUGGGAAACCUUCAAUCUCAUCCAUACUGUCACAGGAGCAAACUGCCGUCAUUCAGGAGCUGGUGAGUCAGGAGCAACUGCCUUUGGCAAUGAGCGGGUCACCAUCUAGCAUUUCUGAAGAUCUAUCCCAGGAAGAAGUGGAUGAGGAAGAGGAAGAGGAAAAAGAUCCAGGGAAAAAACAGGAGACACCUGUAGACAAGGGCCAGGCCCCACCUGAACCAGAAGCAAUGGAAUCUGAUGAAGAGCCAGCACCCCUCCCAAGCCCUCAGGAGGACAUGGAGCAGGAUGAGCAGCUGCAGCAGGAUCCUGUCUCCAGUUCACCAAAGCCCCAGGGAGACCCAAAUAGUGAGCUCCAGGAAGGCUUCAUGUUCCCCUGUCAGCACUGUGAGCGUCGCUUUACCACCAAGCAGGGGCUGGAGCGUCACAUGCACAUCCACGUCUCCACAGCCAGCCACUCUUUCAAGUGUCGCUACUGUGGGAAGGCCUUCGGCACUCAGAUCAACCGCCGGCGCCACGAGCGGAGACACGAGGCCGGUCCCAAGAAGAAACUAGGGGCACUCUGCAGCUCCACGGCCUCCUUCAGCCCCCCACUGCCAAUAGAAAGCUCGAGUCCAGAUCUCGUCGCCCCUUCUGGAAAUUUCAUCAUAAUGGGCUCCCAGAACAGAGGGGACCUUCAAGAUUCAUUUGAGUCUGACAAACCAAGCCCAGCAGAGGUGGAGAGGGCAGUAGACCUAAAUGAAAAUGGAGAUCCCAGGGAGCUGCACCCAUGCAAGUAUUGCAAGAAAGUGUUUGGCACCCACACCAAUAUGCGACGGCACCAGCGCAGGAUUCACGAACGCCACCUACUCCCAAAGGGUGUCCGGCGGAAAGGAAUGCUGUUGCAGGAAAAUCAAAAGCAGCAAGUACCUCCACAAGAGGAAUUGGUGAACCCCAGUCCUCCCCCAGUCUAUGUGCCAAGUGGGGACUUGGAAGACGAGGGGGAUCCGGAUGAGGAGUACAUGGUGAACAUCUCCAGCAAUAUUUCAGAGAACCUCAGCCUCUACAUUGAUGGGAAGAUCCUGUCAACCAGCAGCAUGAGCAACUGUGAAGUCAUCGAGGUAGACCCCAGCUCUGCCACUUUGUACAGCCUAGAUGCUUUGAUCGUUACCUCUGAUAAAGUGUCACAGGGCUUUCAGGCAGAGGCCACCAACUGCACUGUGAAGGAAGUUCCCAGAGCAGGCCAACCAGCAAUAAAGAGGCGAACCACCAGUCCACCUCUGCUUACAAAAAUUAAAACAGAAGUGGAUCCUGAACCCAUAAUGCCUUCCUCUUCCUCUUCAUCCUCCUCCUCUUCAUCUUCAUCAUCCUCAUCAUCUUCUCUGAUGGGACAUCUCUACCCACAGGUCACUGACAGUUUAGCCUUCCAGAAGGAGAAAACAGUUUACCUGUCCCCAAAACUCAAGCAGCUCUUGCAGACCCAAGAGAGCCACAAGCCAGGUUUGUUCACUGAGGGACAUAGACUUGGACCACCCUUGAUGUCAGUUACUACUUUGCCAUCUGGCUCAGGGAGGUUCAAGAGAAGGACGGCUUCCCCUCCAAACUCUCCACAGCACAGCCCAGUGCUUCGAGUUGACACAGGGAAGUCUGGAACAGAGGUUGUACCACCGUUCCCCCUCAAGGUGCCAAAGCUGGAGAGCCACUGCAGCUCACCGGCCUGGAGCCUGUCAAGUCGAGAUGAAGGGGACACCGUGAGCCCCCUCGGUGUGGACUCUUACAAAACCGCACCUUUCGACUGGUUGACUGGGAGAAGUGCAGGAAGCUCCUGCAACCAGCAGCCCUUAGACCUUUCCAACGGGGUCAAGCAGAGAACUGAGUGCAAAUCCAAGGGACAGGCUGUCGUUGAAGCUGUACUGGACCUCAGCAUGCACAGGAAGUCCUCCCCUGAGGGAGAACCAAAGGGAAUCGGAGGCCCCCAGCUUCUAAUCAAAAAGAAGAAACCUAACACCUGCAUGCUUCAGAAAGUGUUAAUGAAUGAGUACGGAGGAUUAGACAGUGCAACGGAGACUGCAGAAGAGAGAGACAUUACAGAAGGCAGCCCCAAUCAUCGUCCUGAUGCCGAUUUAGUUAUGGAUGCCUCUCCCGUUCCCCUGUCGCCACUCCUUAAUGCACUUUCCCCAGACACAGCUGUUGCAUCUGCACUUCAUCCUCCCCCACCCUCGCUAACUCCUGUGACCAUGCAUCCACUGUCCCCUUCUACACCAACUUUAACUGGCUCCACCCCACCUCUGCCAGUUCUGCCCACUGCCCCAUCACCCCUCCCAGACAUGUUUCCCACUCCAUUGCCCUCUUCCUCAUCUCCUUCAUCCCCUCUUCCAGUUUUGACCCCCAAAGCCUCCUCUAAUCCAGUCGGUACAUCUCCGUUGGAGUCCUCGUCUGCUCCACUUUUGGAUCCCUCCCCCAUUCUACUGGAUGCCUCUGUGGUUUGCAGCAUCGCUCCCCUUGAUUCUCUACUAGAUCAAGUUAAUCCUUUAGAUCCCCAUCCCAUAUCUCUCCAAGUGGAUACCACCCUUGCUCCUCAAGAUCCCUCAGCAUGCCCAGUGGAUCCUACACAUCUCACGGCUGUGAAUCCCUUACAGAAAAAGGCUGAUACAUUAUCUUUAACUACGGAUCCUUCACCAAGCUCAGCUGAUCCCACUAGUAACCCCCUGAAUGUCUCAACUGAUUUAGUAUGUCCCGUGUCAGCUCCCCAGCUACCAUGCCCUGUGGAUCCAGUUCCGGCUUUGGGUCCAUCCCCUCUUCCCAUCCCACAGGAACCUUUAGAACACCUUCCAUUUCCCACCACCAUGAUCAAGCAAGAGGAGCAACAGCAGGCAUCACUCCCUUCUUCCCCUCUACACUCACCAGACCUGCCUGUUCUUGUAGCCUCAGUCCCAGUCCCCAGUCCCAGCUCCUCUCCUGCUCCAACUCCACCUCCCCCCUUGAUCUCAGAGAUCGUACAUCCUUUACCCCCACUCCCACCAGACUCAAUUACAAUCAAAGAAAAAUGUGAAGACAUAGAGCAACCAACUGAUAUUGUCUCGCAUACCCCUGCUCUCACUCCCACACCUCCUGUUUCUUCUCCGCAGGAGGCCCCUUAUACCGAGGAAUCCCCCAGGCAGCAGACCUUUUGCAAGAGCUUUGUGUGCAACGUGUGCGAGGCCCCCUUCCCCUCCAUCAAGGAGAUGAGCCGCCACAUCACGGUGCACUCUGAAGAUUGGCCCUUCAAGUGUGAGUUCUGUGUGCAGCUCUUCAGGGACACAAACGUCCUGCUGGAGCACCGCUCAACCCUACACGGUGUAGGCAGGAUCUAUGUUUGCUCCUUAUGCAGCAAGGAGUUUGCCUUCCUCUGCAACCUCCAGCAGCACCAGAGGGACCAGCACCCUGACAAGGACUGCACACACAUAGAGCUGGAUAGUGGCAAACUCAGGCCACAGAACUACACUGACCCCAGUCGAGCCAGUCUGGAACCACCCAUCCCUUCUGCUGGAGACUGUGAUGCCUCUGCUCAAGGAGCCACUCCUCCUCAGGCACGUCUUAGUUUUGAGAGUAGAAAGGUGAAGGAGGAGGAGGAGGAGGAGGAGGAGGAGGAGGAGGAACCUAAUGAGGAGCUCUACACUACAAUCAAGAUCAUGGCAUCCGGAGAGAGCAAGCCCAAGGGGCCGGAUGUGCGGCUGGGUAUCAACCAACACUACCCUAGUUUCAAGCCACCCCCAUUUCCUUACCACAACCGGACGCCAGCUGGGUCUGUGGCCUCGGCUACCAAUUUCACUACCCACAAUAUCCCGCAGGCUUUUAGCACGGCCAUCCGCUGCACAAAGUGUGGCAACAGCUUUGAUAACAUGCCCGAGCUACACAACCACAUCCUAGCCUGUGCCUCGGCCAGUGACAAAAAACGUUACACCCCCAAGAAGAACCCUGUCCCACUCAAACAGAUCGUCAAGCCACAAAACGGGGUGUUUUCUGCGGCGGCUGGAGGUAAUGGUUCUGGUCAGAAUGCUUUCCGGAGGAUGGGCCAACCCAAAAGGCUUAACUUCAGCCAGGAGCCGUCCAACAAGAUGAAACUGAACGCCCUUAACAAGAAAAAGAACCAGUUGGUUCAAAAGGCCAUCUACCAGAAGAACAAAUCUGCUGCCACUGCAAAAAAGGCCUCCAGCCUUGCCCAGGAUGAGCCAGAAACUCAUGUCUGCCCACACUGCAGCCGGGAGUUCACUUAUGUUGGGAGCCUAAAUAAGCAUGUGGCUGUGAGUUGCCCUCUGAAACCUGCUUCUUCAAAGAAAGCAAAGAAAAGUAGCAGCAGCGGGGGUGGCCACUCUUUCCAAGAUAAGAACGGUAACCUCCCCAGACGAACUGCCGACUCGGAGAUUAAACUGCAGGGCUCGCAAGCCAAGCUGGGCAAAACCAGGGCCCGCAGUUCAGGACCGUCAAGCAACAUGGCCUCCCCUUCGAAAACACAACCCAGCAAACUCAAAACAACUGCCCCACAGAUCCGACAAAAGCGUCCAUCUUCUUUCCAUUCUAGUUCAGUCCCAGACAGUAAGAAAAGCAAAACGUCACCCAAGGGCAGCCCCCAGCAGCAUCCGUCACCACCUGCAGCACUGGGCAAUGGAUCUCAGAAACUGGUCAUGAGAAUGCAAAAAAAGGUGACUGAAGCCAAAGCACAGCAGCAGCAGCCACAGCCACAGCAACAGCUACAGCUGAAGAAAGAAGAGCGGUUUUCUGUUAAGAUGCGAGAACGGAGCGGCGGGCCAGUCACCCGCAGUUUACAGCUGGCCAGCAGCACAGCACCAAGCGAUGUCAAGGGGGAAGAUGUCAAUGCAAACCAGGAAUCCAGAGAGCCUCAGGAACCUCUAUUAAAGUUGUCACGGUAGAGCAGUGACUGGUAUAGAGAGAGAAUGAGAAAGGGAACGACACAAAGCACUUGGACCUGCUUCGGAGACCUUCAUCAGGGCUCGCCAGACCAGCUCAUGUCGCCUCUCAAAUCAGAGAGAAACCUGUGAAUGCCAGCAGGCUGUUUCAUGAGGAAAAAAAUCUGAAGUUUUGAAGAAGGCAGGAGCCCUAAGGACAGCUUAAAUGAGCCAAAUCUGCACUCUUGUGGAUUUAAAAAAACAAGCAAGAAGAAAGCUUGGGAGCUUACCCAGAAUGCACUUUGGAGGGGAAACAUUAACUGGUAGAUGUGUGUAUCGCAAAAAAAAACAAACAACUUAAACAAUAAUUUACCCUAUAGAUUAGGGUUAACAAAAUUCCAUUGUAUGGCAAUCACUGUUCACACUGUUACACACUCACAAAGCCAGCCAGCCUGUUUCCUUUAUUGGUAUUUUGUUUUUUGUUUUUUUUCUUUUGGUGUUCAAUCAUUAAGAUGCCUUUGGCUCCAAAUUGUCUCUUACUGCAUGCGGUAAAUAAUUGAGUAGACUGACCCUGUUCUUUGUCUGUGUGCCCGUGUUAAACCCUGCACCUGAUGGAUAAAAACAAAUAAUUAUUGUUAUAAAAAUAAUAAAAGGAAAUGCAUAUUUAAUAUAGCUCCCUGGAUGUAAUGAGUUAUUUGAUACAGAAUCAUAUCUCUGUUGUAAAGAGCAGUUGAGAUUUGAGUUUGGAAACCCAGUUUGUGCAUCUGAUGGAACCAGUUUCCCUGCAUUGGCAAUAACGCAGCCACUAAUGAUAAAUAAAUGCUGUAUUCUGCCCCAUUACAACCAGUUAAACUGCCCAAUUUCCAUUGAGAUUUAAUGACAUCAUCUGUGGCUGUGGAAGCAAUAGUCGUUUGAAUAUCCAAAGAAAUGACAUCUUUCCUGAUAAUGGAAUCAAGUUCUCCUGAAAUGCUACAUUUAAGAGUUGUCUGGUUGUGGGUAUUUUGGUAUCAGAUCCACUUCAAUCAAAAAACACUGUAGCACCCCUUUAUGGCAGCUUGUUCCUAAUGUCAGUAUUCAAUCAAGCUUCCAGAUGUAGAACACACCUCUGUGUGCGUGCACAAGUGCUACAGAAACUGUAGAACAUAAUGAAAUUGGAAGAAUUGAGGUUGCUAUAUUUUUUGAUUGAUAUUCAGAGAUGUGAUCAAUGCAAUUGGAAAUGUCUGCUGUUCAUCAGCAAUGCACAGUGAAUGGAGCUGGGUGAGAUGAGAUUAAAAACAUUUCUGGAUUUUUUUUAUUUUAUUUUUUUAUGAUUCUUUGCAAAUGAGGUACAGAACAACUAAAUGUUAUGUGUAGCAGAUAACGAUAGAGGAUUAUUUUGAACCAUGUCUACAGUUGAGUUGACUGUUGUCAAAACAGAUCUGAUGCACACUUUUUACUACAAUUACCAGUUUUAGGUGUGGUGGGUGGAGGGGAAUCCACUCAGUCCCAUAGUUUCUAUGGGAGAAUAGAUAAGACACCCAGAAAAUAUAAUUAUGAGCAGAGAGUAAAAUGUAGAAUAUUCAGUUAAUCAAAUUAAUUUGAAAUAGAUUUAAAUCUUUAUUGCAGGUAUGUGAUGUCCUGCGCUGCAGCACAGUUUUAAAGAUCACAAUCCAAGAUAGAUGUUCUUGGUCAGAGCUGACUCUCAGACACCCCGGGUUUAUCUUUGUUUAUCUUUACAUAAUACAGAGACAAUGGGAGUGACGGGGGCAGUGUUUAAGCCUAGAGGGCUCUAACUGCAAACCUAAUGUGGCUUUUUUAUUGUUUGCAACAUGAAUAAUUAGGUAAGAAGUAAGCUUUCAUUUUUUUUUUUCAUUUUUUUUUUUUUUUUUUAAUAUGGUCACCCAUGUUGUGUUCCUUACGCAAAAUAAUCUACCUCCUUUUGAAAAGUUUCAGUUUGCUGCAUCUUUUAGUUUGUCGCCACUUUUGCUCUUUCAGUAUCAUUCCCAUUUUGUUACAUUUUUCUGUCGGUGGGAGGGGUUUUUUUGUCGGGGGGAGGGACGUGAAUUGUGUAUAAAGUGGUAGACGGUAUAAAAGUGAAAAAAUAAAUAACAAAAAAAAUAUAUAUUUAAAAUUAAUUUAAAUUGUUGUUUUCUGACAGUUAUGUUGUAUAUGAUCUAUUUCGCCGCAUUUCCUGAUUUUUGUUGUUCUGGGUUGUGAAAUAAAUGAUGGACAAUGUUCUGUAUAUAAAACAAAAAAAAUGUUUGUUAAGAAAAAAAAUGUUCCUUUUGUUGGACACAGAUUGUUCUAAUUGAAACAUUAAAAUAAUUUUUCAAUUUGAAAUGCAGAAAUAUUUUCUAUAUUUAUGUUGAAGAUGAGUGAUGUUGGAGAGAUGCUACACUGGAAAGCGACAACUUUUGCACGCUGUAAUUUCACACUGAUAGUGCAGCAAGAUUGAAUACCUACCAGGAAAUUAAAG